ACGUUCCCCCAUUCUCCCAAUUUCUCAAAGACGAUAAAUCCCUAAUUCCCCCAAUCGAUUCGCACGAGCCGAUUUCUACAUCUUCUUCGAUCCGUCUUUUGAUCUUUCAUCUGAUUUAAUUGAGCUGAAGAUGGCGGACUCAUUGAGUAUGUCUCUUGAUGAAAUGGUUAAGAGGAGCAAGGCCGCUAAAAAGUCUGCUGGUAAAGGAGUUUCCCGCGGUGGAGCUAAAGGUGCUGGAAGAGGAGCUGGUGGACCUGUUCGCAGAGGUCCUCUAGCUGUGAAAGCUAGGCCGUCAUCAUUCUCAAACAAGGCAAGCUCACGAAUCUGGGAUCUUCUCUCUGUAUGAUUGGAAUUCUGAGUUUGCACACCAAAUAACGAAGCAUAGCGUUUGAUAAACGAGUCUCUAAAUGUUCUUGGAGAAGCACUUUUGAUUUUGCAUUCGCCUUAACACACUUUUAGCUUUCAAAACUUCCUCUGGGACUCAGACUACAAAGCUCUUCUAACAUCUACUAGUUUAUGGAGGAGUUUUCUUAGAAAAGCCUCUUCCUUGUCCUUGUCUACUUAGUGGUCUAUAUGGCCAAAUAUGAUGAUUUCAACAGGCCUAGAUGAGCAGAAGUUUUGUACUUUUAGUGGGGGAGCUGUAUUAGUCCACCUAGGGUCAUCUGGAUUGAUGACUUUCGUGGUGGUUGGGGGGAAUUUCAGCAAACUUAGAUAGUCUCUUUAAGUUGAGGAAUGUGCACGAUGCAUGAAGUUCAUGUUUUGCCUCUUGCUACAUCUGGAAUUUCUUUGGAGUCUGAUGGCUGUCUCAGUUUUUGAUUCUCCAAGGACUAUGUUUUUGGCAUCAGAGACUGUGAUAUCACCAGUGAGAUUUGUAUGAAGCUGAUCAAAAAUUGCUUGUUUUCACCACAUUUUAUCCUUCGAUGGUUCUUGACUGGUAUAGGACUUUCAGAUAAAAGGCUUAACCGCAGGAAGAAGAACUUGCCAUGGCAGAAUGGUUUGUUUGAAGAAAGCAUGAGAUCUGUUGGAGUAACUGGAAUAGAGGUUGGAACUACUGUUUAUGUUACCAACCUUGAUCAGGGAGUAACAAAUGAAGAUAUCAGGGAACUCUUUGGUGAGAUUGGAGAGAUGAAAAGAUAUGCAAUUCACUAUGACCAGAACGGGCGUCCAAAUGGCUCGGCGGAAGUUGUGUACAUGAGAAGAAGUGAUGCAUUUCAAGCUAUGAAGAGAUACAACAAUGUCCUGUUGGAUGGAAGGUCAAUGAAAUUGGAGAUUCUUGGUGGAAACAAUGAGGUUGCUCCUGUUGCAGCUCGUGUUAAUGUAACCGGAUUGAACGGAAGGAUGAAGAGAACUGUUUCCAUUGGACAAGGAAUUAGAGGUGGGAGAGGAAGAGGAAGAAGUGCAGCUCCUUCUAUGAGACGCCUUCCAAUUGGAAACCAACAAGGAGGUGGCGUAAGAAGUGGCCGAGGAGGGUUUCGUGGUAGAGGCCGAGGCCAAGCCGGUGGUGGCAGAGGGAAUAAAGGCGGCCGAGGCGGAAAGAAGGCGGUGGAGAAGUCGGCUGAAGAACUAGACAAGGAUCUCGAAACAUAUCACGCAGAAGCAAUGAACAUCUCUUGAGCAAACUCGAUGUCUCUGCAUCUUGCUCUGUGCUUUAUCCUUGUCUAAUGUUAUCUUUUUCUUUCUCGAAUACGCUCUUUGCUAUAAUUUCUUUUAGGAUGCUCUGCUUUGGAUUAUUUUUUAUCGUCUCUUUUACAUCACCUGGUUGAAGUUUAAAUGAGAUUUAGUUGUAAAUUAAAAGCUCUCGCAUAAUAGUGUCAUCUUUUGCUUUCUAAUUGGAUUAUUUAACUACA